AAAAAAAAUUAAAAAAUGAGGUCCCAGUUCCACACUUCCACCCACCUCCAGAGCCAAAAGAGCCGGCGGUGGCCGGCAGCCAAAACCCACGUCGGAUUUCGCCGCCGCCGCCAGGAGCUAGGGGACAAGGCAACGCCGGCAGGUGCAACAUUUAUGCGUGUACCGCCCGGCAGCCACGCGUACACUUCUGCCGCAGAGCUAAACGCGCCACUCCGCGGCAAGCUGAUCUGCUGCUCCCAAGUCCCACCAGCCACCGCACCGAGUGCCAAUGGCGACUGCAGCGACUUCUACGCCGGCGGCGUGGCAGUCUACUCUGGUCUACUCUGGUCUACGCCAUGCAGGGACCUGCCCGUGCUUCUCGCCCAGCCCCGCUCGCUCCCCGUCAUCGUCACCUACAGGCCGAAUUGGGAGGGAGGCCAGUACGCAGGCGAAGAUGAGCCACGGUUUGAGGCGCUUCUACUGGCAAUGGAGCUGGGAGCUGAAUAUGUCGAUGUCGAGUUCAAGGUCGCCGACAAAUUUAUGAAGUAUUUGUCUGGGAAGAAACCUCAAAACUGUAAGCUCAUCAUUUCAGCAUACGACUACAAGACCACUCCAUCGGUACAUGAACUUCUGAAUUUAGUAGCUCAGAUACGAGCAACGGGGGCUGACAUUGUGAAAAUUGAAACCACUGCUGCUGACAUUGUAGACACAUCAAGAAUGUUUCAAGUACUUGCACAUUGCCAUGAAAAGCAGGUGCCUAUCAUUGGGCUGGUGAGGAAAGAACAUGGUUUUAUUUCUCGUAUUAUUUGCGCAAAAUAUGGCGGAUACCUUACUUUUGCAUCUCUUGAAAAUGGAAAAGAAUCUACCACUGAGCAGCCGACAGUAGCAGACUUGAUAAAUAAGUACAAAAUACGGCAGAUAGGCCCAGAUACUAAGGUCUUUGGUAUUAUUGGAAAUCCAGUUAGCCACAGUAAAAGCCCAAUUGUGCAAAAUCAAGCUUUCAGAUCAGUGGGUUUCGAUGCUGUGUUUUUGCCAUUUUUGUCAGAUGACUUGGUUCAGUUUCUUUAUACCUUCUCAGCACCAGAUUAUGCCGGCUUCAGUUGCACAAUGCCCCAUAAAGAAACUGCACUUAGGUGCUGUGACGAUGUCGACCCUAUCGCCAGGGACAUCGGAGCUAUUAAUACAAUCAUUAGAAGACCUGAUGGAAAACUUGUAGGCUACAAUACAGAUUAUUCUGGUGCUAUUUCUGCUAUUGAGGAUGGAAUAAGAGCCCCAUGUGCAGCAUCACAACCAACAGAUUCGAUCACUUCACCACUGGCUGGAAGACUUUUUGUUGUUAUUGGGGCUGGUGGUGCAGGAAAAGCACUAGCAUAUGGUGCAAAAGAGAAGGGAGCAAGAGUUGUGAUUGCAAACCGUACAUUUGCACGAGCUCAAGAACUCGCCCACAUCAUUGGCGGGACUGCUUUGACCCUGUCAGAGUUGGAAAGCUACCAUCCGGAGAAAGGGAUGAUUCUUGCAAACGCGACAUCUGUGGGGAUGCAUCCAAACGUCGAUGAAACCCCUUUAUCUAAGCACGCGCUAAAAUCCUAUGCCGUUGUCUUCGACGCGGUCUUCGUGCCGAGAGAGACCAGACUUCUCCGAGAAGCUGCAGUGUGUGGAGCCACAGUCAUCGACGGUUUGGAGAUGCUAAUCAGGCUAGUGAUGGUUCAGUUUAAGCUUUUCACGGGGGGCAUGACAGCUCCAGAAAGGUUGAUGCGUGAGGCUAUCCUGACGAAGACACAUUGAGGGUUUGUUCAAAUAACAAGAUCUCUACACUACAGAUGUCCCUGCAAAAAAAAAGGUCCCAGUUGUACAUGUCCUCCUUCUUGCUUCUUCCUCGGCGUCUGGGAAGCACCGUAUCUCAUUUUCAACCCAAGCAAGGAGAGGAGGUGCAGGUUCGGGCCUCGUCCUGCUUCUCCUGCUGCCUGCCAUGAUGCAGUGUCGUUUGUUGUUCAGUAGACGGUAUGCUCUAGUUCAACAGAGUAAAGAUGUUUUGUUUUCUCAGGUUGCAAAACAACGAAUGGUCAUGUUCAAUAAGGAAUGGAAUGUGAUUUGGAUCAACACUAGUUUUCUGUCAUAUCCAUUCCACGGUUUGGAGAUAAAAUUGGUUGGCAACCCAACCUGUGCAGACGUGCACCAGUUCCAUAUUCCCCUUCAGAUUUGGAUUCAGAGAAGCCUUUCCUGACAUGAGACGUCUCAUUAGACACGAACUUUCUUUUCCCUUAAAAUUCAUUUCAGCUGGCCCGAACUUGUGCAGUCUUCUCUUCUCCUACACUACAACUGAAAUGAUUUGUCUCUAAACAAGUGUUAUGCUAUAACAUACAAUAAACUGUAUAUUAUUAACUACGUUUUUGAGAAACAUAGCUCCCAAACAGGCCCGAACUUGUUUGUCUUGACUUUUCUAUCUUUUUUUAGAGAUAUUUUUAGAUAUGGAUUCAGUGAUCAGUUUGCCUCUCAGCCAUUGUAAAAUUAGAUGUUCCGAGCUCAAACAUUUUGGUUUGCCUUAUUUUGUAUCAGCAUAACGACAUUUGUGUUC